AUGUCUUGGGACAGCAUUAUGACAUCUUCUAAUAGGACUGCCAGCCCCCCAAUUUUCCUCCUGACAGGCUUUCCUGGCCUAGAAAAACUCCAUUUCUGGAUUUCCCUCCCCAUCUGCUCCAUGUACUUGGUGGCCAUCACAGGGAACUGUGUCAUCCUCUUCGUCAUCAGGACGGACGAAACUCUCCACUCCCCCAUGUACUAUUUCCUUUCCAUGCUGGCCCUCUCGGACCUGGGUUUAUCCUUUGCCACUUUACCCGCCAUGCUGAGCGUGCUGUGGUUCAACCACCGUGAGAUCCACUUUGAGGCCUGCUUGGUCCAGAUGUAUUUCAUCCACACUUUCUCCAUUGUCGAGUCUGGUAUUCUCCUCUCUAUGGCCUUCGAUCGCUUGGUGGCCAUCUGGAACCCUCUGAGAUACACAAGUGUUUUGACCUAUGAGACGGUCAUCAAGAUCGGGGUGGGGGUAGCCCUUCGAGCUGCCUUCCUUGUGUUCCCAGCCUCCUUCCUCCUGAAGCGUCUGAAGUAUGGGAGGAUAAAUGUCCUCUCCUAUUCCUUCUGUUUGCACCAGGAUCUUCUGAAGGUGGUGCUCUCGGACAGGAGAAUCAGCAGCAUCUACGGCUUGAUGGUGGUGGUGUCUUCUAUGGUUCUUGACUCUGUAUUGCUUGUAUUGUCAUACAUUAUGAUCCUCAAAACUGUGCUGAGCAUAGCCUCUAAGGCAGAACGUCUCCGAGCUUUGAAUACCUGCAUCUCCCAUAUCUGUGCUGUCCUGACCUUCUACACGCCAAUGAUUGGACUCUCCAUGAUCCAUCGCUACGGGAAGAAUGCUCCUCCGGUGGUUCACAUCCUCAUGGCCAACAUCUAUCUUUUAGUGCCACCCCUUAUGAACCCUGUCGUGUACAGUAUAAAGACCAAACAGAUUCGGAUGAAGAUCUUUAAGGGUCUCCUGAGAAGGAAAGAAUCUGUUAGGGUCACUUAGAAUUAGCUCUGAGGACACGGCAAGACAUCUUCAAGAGGAGGGUUGCCCCAGGAGCAAACUGACUGAGCUACCAUCCUAGUUUGGUGUAUGGCUACUACAGCGGGACUGCGCAUUGAAGGUUUUGAAUUUAGAUGCUCGGCUGGGUCAUAGCCUGCCUCCUCCUCUUGCCUUCGAGGACAUCUUAUGUGAAGUGGCCCAAAAAAGAGCAGAAGAAAGAAGAUAAUAGCCGCCAUCUCGAGGCCAAGAAACGGAACAAAUCUAAAGAGAUCGGCCUGUCAUGACUGUGUGCCCAGCACUAAGAGACAAGGACGUUUAUUACUGAUUCCUUUAGAAAGGAGAAGAAAACAUUAAAUAGAAGAAAAAGCUCAAGUACAGAACA